AUGACAUCUCUGUCGCCGGGUGCAUGCACACAAACUCAUACACACACACACACACACACACACACCCCUCGUCUCUUCCUCCCCUUCUUCUGUUUCUUCUCUCACUUCCACACGUAUGUACUCCCUUCCUUUUUGUGUGUCGAUGUAUGGUUCCUUACAGCGACGGUGGCGAUGCGUUUCACUGUGGGUUCACGCUGUGGCUACAGCCCCAACCUCACCUCGCUUACAAACCAAUUCAACCGCAGUGAGCGACUCCGCAAGUGGGGCAGCGUAGGUUCUUCGCCGGGGGUCCCACGCAUUCCACGACUGGAAGCCAAGUCCAUCGCCAUUCUGCACGAGUCGCCAAAGGUGUUGUUGGCUGGACGGAAUCACUGCAAUAACUUUGAUAGCAAUCAGUACAUGCUGAUUAAUAAGGCCACAAAACAGUGUAUGCUGAUUGACGCUGCCGAUGACUGGCCGGACGAUUGGGCCGCCUUCAUUGCGUCUUCCUCUCUCAGACUGACGAACAUCUUUCUUACUCACUGUCAUAUUGACAAUAUCAUCAACUUGAAUGCUUUUCUGAGCAUCUGUGGACGACAGCAACAAGAAGAAAAAAUGGAUGGAGAGGGCAGGGGAGAUGUUGAUUGGGAAAACGGGGAGAGUGAUGGGAGUGAAAAAAUUGGUCUUAUAUGGUGUGCUGCAGAGGAGUGUUGGGUGCAAAAUUUUGGGCGUGCGUGCGAACGUUACCGCCGAUUUGAAGAAAUGCAUUUAACGUUGCCCAUGAUGCGCCGGAACCUUUACACACCCCGACACGUGAAGGACACAGCGACAUUUGGUUUAUCUGAUCCGGGUAAUGGUAGGAAUGGGUACUUUCGACGGAAAGACAUGUUACUUUCAACUGCAACGAAUCGGGCUUCGUCGUUUAUCGACUUUGGGGAUGGUGUGCUGCUGUAUUACAUCUUCUCCCCAGGCCAUUCACCAGGCCACAUGAUGCUGCACGCACCCACAGAAAAGCUCCUCUUCACCGGAGACCUUCUUUUUUACAGCAAAGUGGGCCGCGUGGACUUACCAUGGGCGACAGGAGCCCGCCUUGCCGAGAGCCUGCGUUUGUUUGAGGCCAUGCCGGAUAACACUGUCGUGUUGCCUGGUCACGGACGCAUGACAACGCUGGGAAGGGAGCGGCGGGAAAAUAGGGCGCUGCAACAGUGUUACCAGCGGCAGGAGAUUGGGCAGCAGGAGGUUUCUGUAGGAUUCAAUGAGGGUUAUCUUUAA